CCCUGCCUACUCCCGCUCCUGAGGGCCGGCGGAGAAGUCGCCGGGUUCGCCUUCGCGGGUCUUGCCGUCACCGACCCAGCUUUCUGGGCCGUCGGGAGCUUGCCACGAGCUCCCCAGCCGGGCCUGCGCCGGUAUCCUCCGAGAUCCUGGCAGGUGGCAGUUCUCAACCAAAGGAAGUGACUGUCGCCGUGACUGUUAGAGUUUGUGCACUGUUUACACCCCGUGAGCCUGUGACUUCUUCAUCCAUCAAGUCAGCGCCGCUUUCCUCACGGGCUGCUGAUUGGUAGACUGGAAAGGGGCAGUACUGAGAUGAGGCAAAUAGUGAUUUGAGAGGAAAAGUGAAUAGAAUUUUUGAUAAUGGCAUCAGCCGCUAAGGAAUUUAAAAUGGACAACUUUUCACCUAAAGCUGGCACUAGCAAAUUGCAACAGACAGUACCAGCUGAUGCAUCUCCUGAUUCUAAGUGUCCUAUAUGCUUGGAUAGAUUUGAUAAUGUGUCUUACUUAGAUCGCUGUUUACAUAAGUUCUGUUUUCGCUGUGUACAGGAGUGGUCAAAAAACAAAGCUGAAUGUCCACUAUGUAAACAGCCCUUUGAUUCUAUUUUCCAUUCUGUGAGGGCAGAAGACGACUUCAAGGAGUAUGUCCUAAGGCCUUCAUACAAUGGUUCUUUUGCUACCCCUGAUGUUCGACGAUUCCGCUAUCGUACAACUAUGACAAGGGAACGAAGUGCUUCUAUUUAUUCACCUAAUAGUACCAUGAAUAGAAGAACAACAACUCCACCAGAUAGUGGAGUAAUAUUUGAAGGGUUAGGCAUUUCAGCAAGACCUAGAGAUGGUGAAAUUCCUCCAUUUAUGAGACAGAUUGCAAUACGGAGGCCAGCUACUGCAGAUGAAAGAUCUUUGCGGAAAAUUCAAGAACAGGAUAUUAUUAAUUUUAGGCGAACUCUCUAUCGUGCUGGUGCUCGAGUUAGAAAUAUUGAAGAUGGUGGCCGCUAUAGGGAUAUUUCAGCUGAAUUUUUCCGUAGAAAUCCGGCUUGCCUUCACAGAUUAGUCCCCUGGUUAAAACGUGAACUCACAGUUCUCUUUGGAGCUCAUGGAUCAUUAGUGAAUAUUGUCCAGCAUAUCAUCAUGAGUAAUGUUACUCGCUAUGACUUGGAGAGUCAGGCAUUUGUGUCUGAUUUAAGGCCAUUUUUACUUAAUCGGACUGAGCAUUUUAUACACGAAUUUAUCAGUUUUGCCCGAUCUCCAUUUAACAUGGCAGCCUUUGACCAGCAUGCAAAUUAUGAUUGUCCUGCUCCUUCAUAUGAAGAAGGUAGCCAUUCUGAUUCUUCGGUCAUAACAAUAUCUCCUGAUGAAGCAGAGACCCAAGAGCUGGACGUUAAUGUAGCUACUGUUAGUCAGGCACCAUGGGAUGAUGAAACUCCAGGGCCAUCUUAUUCAAGCUCAGAGCAGGUACAUGCUGCCAUGUCUUCCCUUUUAAAUACUUCCGACAGUUCAGAUGAAGAACUUGUAACAGGAAGAGCCACAUCUCAGAUGCAAGCAGUACAAACCAAUGAUGACAUAAAUAAUGACAGUGAUUCUUCUUCAGAUAAUUGUGUCAUUGUUGGGUUUGUUAAACCACUAGCUGAGAGGACCCCAGAACUUGUUGAACUGUCCUCUGAUUCUGAGGAGUUAGGUUCCUACGAGAAAAUGGAGACCGUGAAGGCGCAAGAACAAGAGCAGUCUUACAGUUCUGGUGAUAGUGAUGUUAGUAGAUGUUCAUCUCCACACUCUGUCCUUGGAAAGGAUGAACAAAUAAAUAAAGGUCAUUGUGAUUCUGGUACAAGAAUCAAAUCAAAGAAGGAAGAGAAACAGUCUGUAUCAUUGUCCUCUCCCAGAGACCUGAGCUCAUCCAUCAGAGGAGACAGAGUAUAUUCCCCAUAUACCCGCAGACACAGAAGGAGGGGAAGAUCCAGAAGUUCAGAUUCAUGUUCCCAGAGUAGGAGUGGGCAUGAUCAGAAGAAUCAUAGGAAGCAUCAUGGGAAGAAAAGAAUGAAAAGCAGACGAUCCAGAAGCAGGGAGAGUAGCAGACCCAGAGGUAGAAGAGACAAAAAGAGAUCAAGAACUAGAGAUAGCAGUUGGUCAAGAAGAAGCCAAACUCUAUCUCUAAGUAGUGAAAGCACAAGCAGAUCAAGAUCUCGUAGCAGUGAUCGUGGUAAAAGAAGGUCACGGAGCAGAAAUCGAGAUCGUUACUAUUUAAGAAAUAAUUAUGGAAGCAGAUACAAGUGGGAGUAUACUUACUAUAGUAGAAACAAGGACAGGGAUGGCUAUGAAUCAUCUUACAGGAGGAGGACUCUGUCCAGAGCUCAUUAUUCCAGACAAUCUUCAAGUCCAGAAUUUAGAAUUCAGUCUUUUUCUGAAAGAACAAAUGCUAGAAAAAAAAAUAACCACAGUGAAAGGAAAUAUUACUACUAUGAAAGGCAUAGAUCAAGGAGCCUAUCUAGUACUAGAUCAAAGACUGCAUCUACAGGGCCUGACCGGGUGAGAAAUGAAAAGCCUGGUGGGAAACGAAAAUACAAAACACGGCAUUUGGAGGGUUCUAACGAUGUGGCUCAACCAUCUCGGGAAUUUGCUUCUAAAGUAAAGGAAGGUCAUUACUCAAAAUCUUCAUCAAAAUUGGAUGGAAGCUACAAAAAUGAGAGUGACAGCUUUUCAGAUAGCCGAUCAUCAGACAGAGAGACAAAGCACAAGAGAAGAAAAAGGACCCGGAGCCUAAGUGUAGAGAUAGUUUAUGAAGGGAAAGCUACCGAUACAACUAGACACCAUAAAAAGAAAAAGAAAAAACAUAAGAGGAAGCAUAAAAAACACCAUGGUGAUAAUGCUUCACGUUCCCCAGUUGUGAUUACCAUUGACAGUGACAGUGAUAAGGAUUCUGAAGUAAAGGAGGAUACAGAAUGUGACCUUAGUGGUCCUCAAGACCCUCUACAAAACGAAUUUUUGGUUCCUUCCUUGGGACCAUUUGAAACUAAAGAUGUAGUUACAAUAGAAGAUGAAUUUGGUGUCCUGGGCAAGGAGUGUGACAUUACCACACUUAAUAACAACUUGAAUAAUGCCAACAAAACUGUAGAUAAUAUUUCACCCCAGGCAGCUUCAAUUGAACAGUCUCUUGAUGUAAGAGAAGAGAGCACCUUUGCCUCUGAUUUGGAGAGCCAGCCCAGUAAUGUCUCUUAUCAAACUGAGUCAUCAAGGCGAUUGCCAUCUCCACGGAUAUCAUUAAUGUCAGUGUCUCUUGGUAGAGACCAUGAUAUGUCUUAAAACUGCCAAAGCGUCUCAUUGAGAAUUCUGGUGGUAUAAAAAGGAAAAAAAAAAAAGAACAAUGUCAUCUACUGCAGUCUGUUUAAAGAUGACACUUGGUGAAAAAACUCUUUUCCCCCUUAAAAAUAUUUUGUGUAGGGCUUCCCUGGUGGCACAGUGGUUGAGAGUUCGCCUGCCGAUGCAGGGGACAUGGGUUCGUGUCCUGGUCUGGGAAGAUCCCACAUGCCGCGGAGUGGCUGGGCCUGUGAGCCAUGGCUGCUGAGCCUGCGCGUCCGGAGCCUGUGCUCUGCAACGGGAGAGGCCAUAACAGUGAGAGGCCCACGUACCGCAAAAAAAAAAAAAAAAAAUUUUGUGAUUUUUUUUUUUUUUGUGUGUGUGUUAAAAAUUUGUAAAAAUCAUUAUUUGUUCAAAAAAUAUGUAUGUCCCACCCUCAGAGAUAUGCACUUUUAAGUGAAGAAAAUGAUAUUCCUAGCAGUUUAUUUAAAACUUGGGAUCCUUUUUAAAUAAAAAAUAUAAAUUUUAGAAGUUAUUUCAUAAAGCCAUAUGGUAUUGACAUAUUUUUAAAGUAGUCAAUGAGUAUUUUUGAAUUUUUUUUUGAGAGUUAUUCUGGAAAUGUGUUAUAAGCUAGGAGAAUCCCUUUGGACAGUCUUUAUUUUUCUUCUUAAAAAUUUGUAUGAUUCAAACCAUUUCUUCAGGUUAAAUUGAGGAAUUUUAUCUGCACAGUUUAUCUUGACAUCUGCCAAAAGAAAACUUUAAAUAUUUCCUUUAUAUACUUGUUUAUCUGGACUGCCAGUAAAGCAAAUGUGUAUUCAACAAAAGAAAAAAUAAAACAGUAACACUUUAA